CUUGACAUUUGAUUGGAUCAUUUAGCACAUAAUCAUAUUGAAUUGAUCGAGUAUAUAUCAGUUUCUCUCUCUUUUUUUUUUUGGUUUUUCACUCAUCAUUAACAAAUGGAUUGGGUCUAUCUCAUUCGUGUUAUAAUUUGUUUAUUUCUAAUGAAACAACUCAUCUCUCUUCUAUACAUCAUAUUCAUUUAUACAAUUGGAAAGAGAUUAUUCUCUAAAAGAAAAUUAUUAAAACAAGCUGGUGAAUGGGCAAUUGUCACUGGUGCAACAGAUGGAAUUGGUAAAGUAUAUGCAGAAGAAUUAGCUAAUGAUGGUUUGAAAAUUAUGUUGAUUAGUAGAAAUGAAGAGAAACUUUUGAAUGUUGCUAAUGAGAUUGAACGUAAUUAUCAUGUAGAGACAAGAAUAGUAACAGUUGAUUUUACAAAGACUGAUGUCUAUCAAAGAAUACAAGAAGCUAUAGAUCAAUUAUCAUCAAUUGCUUGUUUAGUCAAUAAUGUUGGUAUGGGUGUUCCUAAAUUAGACUAUUACGCAACAGCAGAUUAUAUAACUAUAGAUUUUAUUAAAAACAUCGUUUUUUGUAAUACUUUACCUAUUGCUAUGAUGACCCAUUUAGUAUUACCGAAAAUGUUAAAACAACCCACAACUGAUAUGGCUAUCAUUAAUAUUGGAUCACAUUCUGGUUAUAGACCAUUUCCAUUAUUAUCAUUAUAUUCAGCAACAAAAGCAUUUGUCAAUCAAUUAUCUCGAUCCAUUUCGAAUGAGAAUUAUGAUCAUCGUAUUCAUAUACAAACAGUUUGUCCAAUGUUUGUAUCUACAGCAAUGAAUGGUUAUUGUAAAAUGUCAUUAUUUGUCCCAAAUGCAAAAGACUAUGGGAAAUGUGCAUUAGAUAUGUUAGGUGUUGAACAAGAAACAUUUGGUUAUAUUGGUCAUGCAAUUAAAGAAUAUUUCACUAGUUUAUUACCAAAUUCAAUUUGGAGAUAUUAUAUGUUAUUUAUGAAAUCAUGGUUUGAUAAACAUAAAAAACAAUAAAAUAUUAUAAUGUAUAUUUUUAGUUGCCAUGGUGAAUAACCAUGAAUAACUGAUAAUUUCAUAUCAAAAAAAUUUGAUUGAUUUUUCUUAAUCUUUAGUUUGUUUCUUUUUGUUUCCAUUAUGUAAUAAUCAUACAUUUGAAAUCAAUAAUUAAUUUCUAUAAUGAUCA